UUCUGAAAAACUCCAUUGCAGAUUUUAGAAGCUCUUACUCUUUCUUUACUAUAAUAUAUAUAUAACCCAAAACCCAAAUUCCAUCCAUAUAUACAUACAACUCUCCACCACCAAUAAUUUUACAACAAUAAUAAAUAAUAAUGUCUGCCCUAGAAAUCGAAGCUCGUGAUGUGAUAAAGAUAGUUCUUCAGUUUUGUAAAGAGAAUUCUUUGCAUCAAACUUUCCAAACGUUACAAAGUGAAUGCCAAGUAUCUUUAAAUACAGUAGACAGUCUUGAAACGUUUGUGGCCGAUGUUAAUAGCGGUAGAUGGGAUGCAAUAUUGCCUCAAGUUGCACAACUUAAGCUUCCAAGAAAGAAGCUUGAAGAUUUAUACGAGCAGAUUGUUCUAGAAAUGAUUGAACUACGAGAGUUGGACACAGCUCGUGCUAUAUUGAGGCAAACUCAGGCAAUGGGUGUCAUGAAACAAGAGCAACCUGAAAGAUACUUGCGACUUGAACAUCUUCUUGUUCGAACUUAUUUUGAUCCUAAUGAGGUCUAUCAAGAGUCAACGAAAGAGAAACGGCGUGCACAAAUUGCUCAAGCUAUUGCUGGUGAAGUCUCUGUGGUUCCACCAUCACGUUUAAUGGCUUUAAUUGGUCAAGCUUUAAAAUGGCAGCAACACCAAGGGUUACUUCCACCUGGAACACAGUUUGAUCUGUUCCGAGGAACAGCUGCUAUGAAGCAAGAUGUAGAUGAUAAAUACCCAACAACUCUUGGUCAUACUAUUAAGUUCGGAAAGAAAAGUCACCCUGAAAGUGCUCGGUUCUCACCAGAUGGACAGUUCCUUGUUUCUUGCUCUGUUGAUGGAUUUAUUGAGGUUUGGGAUCAUAUAAGUGGGAAGCUUAAGAAGGAUCUUCAGUACCAAGCAGAAGAAUCUUUUAUGAUGCACGAUGAUGCUGUUCUGUGCAUUGAUUUUAGUAGAGAUUCAGAGAUGCUUGCUUCUGGAUCCCAGGAUGGAAAGAUUAAAGUUUGGCGUAUAAGAAGCGGUCAAUGCUUGCGCCGCCUUGAAAAUGCUCAUUCUCAGGGUGUCACCAGUGUUGGAUUUUCUCGGGAUGGAAGUCAAAUUUUAAGCACAUCAUUUGAUGGAACUGCAAGAGUUCAUGGAAUUAAAGGUGGAAAGCUGUUAAAGGAAUUUCGUGGUCACUCUUCAUAUGUAAAUGAUGCCAUUUUCACAAGUGAUGGACUUCGUAUCAUUACUGCAUCAAGCGAUUGUACAGUAAAGGUUUGGGAUUUGAAGACUACUGAUUGUCUGCAAACAUUCAAGCCACCACCUCCAUUGAGGGGAGGUGAUGCUUCUGUAAAUUCUGUUCACCUUUCCCCCAAAAAUCCUGACCAUGUAAUAGUUUGUAACAAGACAUCAUCCAUCUAUCUUAUGACUCUUCAAGGACAGGUGGUGAGAAGUUUCUCCUCUGGUAAAAGGGAAGGUGGAGAUUUUGUUGCAGCUUGCAUAUCUCCUAAAGGGGAAUGGAUAUAUUGUAUUGGUGAAGACAGGAACCUGUACUGCUUCAGCCAUCAAUCUGGCAAACUUGAGCACUUGAUGAAGGUGCAUGAGAAGGAUGUGAUCGGAAUUUGUCAUCAUCCCCACCGGAAUCUUAUAGCCACAUAUGGUGAAGACUGCACCAUGAAGCUAUGGAAGCCAUGAAGCCUCUCUUUUUCUAAAUCAAAUAACCUUUCUAUUUCGUCAUAUUAUGCCAUGCCAUGCAGCAUGACCCUUGUUUUAUUAGUCAUUUUAGUUGGACUCUUUGUAACAUUAUUCAGAUCAAAUACAUUUUUAUUUGUAAUACCUAUUUAUUUCACCUCAGGUACAUACUUGACCCCGAUUCACUGAUAUGUUAUAUUUGAUUUAGUA